GCAGCCGGGCCCGCUCCUCCUGCGCUCAGGCAGUGUCCGGCCGCGGGCCGGCCUUGGUGACUGGGGGCUGCGGGCCCGGGGCCGGCGGGCGCGGGCGCGGGCCGCUUUCGUCGGGCCCCGAGCUCGCCCGGAGCGAGCAGCCGCCCGCAAGGCGCCGCGGAGCCUCCUCGCCCGCUCCCGCCGGCGAGCAAGAUGAUGUGCGAGGUGAUGCCGACCAUCAGUGAAGCAGAAGGCCUGCCAGGAGGAAGUGGGAGCCGUGGUUCCAGCUCUCCUUCGCAGCCAGAUGCAGAUUCACAUUUCGAACAGUUGAUGGUGUCCAUGCUGGAAGAGAGGGACCGUCUUCUGGACACACUGAGAGAGACUCAGGAAACGCUGGCAUUAACCCAGGGGAAGUUACAUGAGGUCGGGCAUGAAAGAGAUUCCUUGCAGAGGCAGCUCAAUACUGCACUUCCACAGGAGUUUGCAGCACUGACUAAGGAGCUGAACGUCUGCAGGGAGCAGCUCCUGGAGAGAGAGGAAGAGAUCGCAGAACUGAAGGCAGAAAGAAACAACACCCGGCUGCUGCUUGAGCAUUUGGAGUGCCUCGUGUCCAGGCACGAGAGGUCUCUGCGGAUGACAGUGGUGAAGCGACAGGCGCAAUCCCCAGCGGGUGUGUCCAGCGAAGUGGAGGUGCUCAAAGCUCUGAAGUCCUUGUUUGAGCACCACAAAGCCCUGGAUGAAAAGGUGAGGGAGCGGCUCCGAGUUGCACUGGAAAGGUGUAGUUUGUUGGAAGAAGAACUGGGAGCCACUCACAAAGAGCUAAUGAUUCUCAAAGAACAAAAUAAUCAGAAAAAAACACUAACAGAUGGAGUGCUUGACGUAAACCACGAGCAAGAAAAUACACCGAGCACGAAUGGAAAGAGAUCUUCUGACGGUUCUCUAAGCCAUGAGGAAGACCUUGCCAAAGUCAUCGAGCUCCAGGAAAUCAUUGAUAAGCAGUCAAAGGAGCAGAGCCAGAUGAAGGAGCGCCUGGUCGCCCUCUCCAGUCAUGUGGCAGAGCUGGAGGAGGACCUGGACACUGCCAGGAAGGACCUCAUCAAGUCUGAGGAAGUGAACACGAAACUGCAGCGGGAUGUUCGUGAAGCCAUGGCCCAGAAGGAAGAUAUGGAAGAGAGAAUCACUACUCUUGAGAAACGCUACCUUGCGGCACAGCGCGAAGCCACCUCUGUGCAUGACCUUAACGAUAAACUUGAAAAUGAGAUUGCAAAUAAAGACUCUAUGCAUCGACAGACUGAGGAUAAAAAUCGCCAGUUACAGGAACGCCUGGAGUUGGCAGAGCAAAAGCUGCAGCAGACUUUGAGGAAGGCAGAGACACUCCCCGAGGUGGAAGCAGAGCUGGCCCAGAGAGUGGCGGCACUCUCCAAGGCCGAGGAGAGGCAUGGCAACAUCGAGGAGCGUCUCCGCCAGAUGGAGGCACAGCUGGAGGAGAAGAACCAGGAGCUGCAGCGGGCAAGGCAAAGAGAAAAAAUGAAUGAAGAACAUAACAAGCGCUUAUCAGACACUGUUGACAAGCUUCUCUCUGAAUCCAAUGAGAGGCUUCAGCUUCAUCUUAAAGAGAGAAUGGCUGCUCUGGAAGACAAGAAUUCUCUGUUGCGAGAAGUUGAAACUGCGAAAAAGCAGUUGGAAGAAGCGCAACAUGAUAAGGAUCAGCUCGUACUAAGCAUGGAAGCACUGAGAGCUGAGUUAGACCAGACGAGACCAAGAGGCUCUUCCCUUCACCAUGGCCGACCACACUUGGGCAGUGUCCCGGAUUUCCGGUUCCCUGUGGCAGAUGGUCCCACAGACUCCUACAGCAGCAGUGCGGUAUUGCGGCGCCCCCAGAAGGGCCGUCUGGCUGCUCUGCGAGAUGAGCCAUCUAAGGUACAGACUCUUAAUGAACAAGAUUGGGAACGUGCCCAGCAAGCUAGUGUCCUGGCAAACGUGGCACAAGCGUUCGAGAGUGAUGUCGACAUGUCUGAUGGCGAAGAUGACAGGGACACUCUCUUCAGUUCAGCUGCUCUGCUGUCACCCAGUGGGCAGGCGGAUGCCCAGACACUAGCCAUGAUGCUUCAGGAACAGCUGGACGCCAUCAAUAAAGAGAUCAGGCUGAUACAAGAAGAAAAGGAGAGCACGGAGCAGCGGGCAGAGGAGAUUGAGAGCCGAGUGGGCAGUGGCAGUUUAGACAGCCCGGGUCGGUUCAGAUCCCUGGGCGAUGCCCCCCCACACCCCACAUCUGUGCUCACGGGCCCCUCCCCUCCGCACAGUGGGCGCUCCACCCCACGAAGGGGCCCGCACAGCCCAGCCAGGGAGGUGGACAGACUGGGGGUCAUGACUCUAUUGCCGGCUUCCCGGGAAGAGGUACGAGAUGACAAGGCAACGAUAAAAUGUGAAACAUCCCCCCCUUCCUCCCCAAGAUCGCUCCGCUUAGACAGGCUGCCCAAAGGAGCACUGCACACAGUCAGCCACGAAGACAUCAGGGAUGUCAGAAACUCCACAGGCUCACAGGAUGGCCCCGUGAGCAACCCCAGCAGCAGUAACAGUAGCCAGGACUCGCUGCACAAAGCCCCCAAGAAGAAGGGCAUCAAGUCCUCCAUCGGCCGCUUAUUCGGCAAGAAAGAGAAAGGCCGUCCCGGCCACGCUGGCAAGGAGCCCGCAGGACCAGCUGCUGCUUCAGAGACAGAGAACUCCUCUCAGGAUGCCCUGGGACUCAGCAAAUUGGGAGGACAGGCUGAAAAAAAUCGUAAACUUCAAAAAAAGCAUGAAUUGCUCGAGGAAGCCCGGAGACAAGGUUUGCCUUUUGCACAGUGGGAUGGGCCAACCGUUGUUGUUUGGCUAGAGCUGUGGGUUGGGAUGCCUGCCUGGUACGUGGCUGCAUGCAGAGCCAAUGUGAAGAGCGGGGCCAUCAUGUCUGCCCUGUCAGACACAGAGAUCCAGCGUGAGAUUGGCAUCAGCAACCCUCUGCAUCGGCUGAAGCUGAGGCUGGCGAUUCAGGAGAUCAUGUCCCUGACAAGUCCAUCAGCCCCUCCAACUUCAAGAACGACCCUUGCCUAUGGGGACAUGAACCAUGAGUGGAUUGGCAAUGAGUGGCUGCCCAGCCUGGGCCUGGCACAGUACCGCAGCUACUUCAUGGAGUGCCUGGUAGACGCACGCAUGCUGGACCACCUGACCAAAAAGGAUCUGCGGGGCCAGCUGAAGAUGGUCGACAGUUUCCACAGAAACAGUUUCCAGUGUGGAAUUAUGUGCCUACGGAGAUUAAAUUAUGACCGAAAAGAACUGGAGAGAAAGAGAGAAGAAAGCCAGAAUGAAAUCAAAGAUGUACUGGUUUGGAGCAACGAUCGAGUGAUUAACUGGAUCCUAUCAAUUGGCCUUAAAGAGUAUGCCAGCAAUCUCAUCGAGAGCGGCGUUCACGGCGCGCUCAUGGCCUUAGAUGAAACCUUCGAUGCCAACGCCCUGGCACUUCUGCUGCAGAUCCCGACACAGAACACGCAGGCUCGUGCUGUCUUGGAAAGAGAGUUUAACAGCCUUUUGGUCAUGGGGACUGACAGAAGGUUCGAUGAAGACGAUGACAAAAGCUUUAGGAGGGCACCUUCUUGGAGAAAAAAGUUUAGACCAAAGGACAUCCGUGGCUUAGCUGCUGGGUCAGCAGAGACUCUCCCUGCGAACUUCCGGGUCACUUCCUCUCUGUCCUCACCCUCUAUGCAGCCAAAGAAAAUGCAGCUGGAUGGCAGCGUGUCAGGACCGCAGAGGCUGGAUUCUGCUACAGUCAGGACUUACUCCUGCUGACGUCUCCUGUAGUUUACCCACACUACUUCUACAGAUGAGUGUGCAGCAUUUUGAACCCAACAGAGACUACAUUUUAAAAUUCAACGGAAUCUUUAAUCUGUUAAUACUUGUUAUAUGGACCCUGAGAUAUUUUAUUACAGAGUUUUUAAUUAGCAAAAAAUUCAUGAAUACCAUAGAGAAAAUAUUUUAGAAUUUAAUGUUUCUUAUAUUUAUGUAAACUUAUGACUUCAUUUAUAUAGUUACUUACUUUUUCAUGUAUAUCCAGGCUAUAAAUAUCCUUUGAAAUCCAUGUUCUUAUAUCUAAUUUUAGUCUUUCAAAUGAAUGUACUGUAAUGCUUGUAUGUAUAAAUCUUAUGAGCAGAUAUAGAGCUUUUGUAAAUUGUGCAUUUAUUGUAAUUAUCAUUACUUAAUUUGUUAAUAAUAUAAUCUGUCAGAGAGAAGGAUUUUACGAUUGUAAAAUCAUAAAUACAUGAUACAGCGUGUAUUAUCCUUUACAAACAAAAUUGUUGCUCUACAACAAUCAUUUUGAAAUAAGCAGACUUAAUUUUGAGCAAUUGUAUUUUAAUGACUGACCUUAACUAUACUUUUUCUAGCAAGAAAUGCUUUAUUCUGCAGUGUGAACAGAUUAAAAACACUUGGUGUUAAAUAUCAACUUAUAAAAAUUUGGACUGGAAAGAUUAUCAGAACACUAUGAAAAUCCCUUAGGACUGGUGAACUCUUUCACAGCCUCAUCCCGGUGGGCUCGGGCAACUUGUCUUUAGUGACUGGCAGACGCCGGAGCUGAGGACCCGAAAGCCCGGGCGGGGGGCCUGGGCGCCCUCCUGGUGCGGAGCUCGCUGGCGAGAACUCUCAGAGGACCAAUUAGGAAGCUGUCUGCGCCGAAGGGUGGGCGCCGCCUUGGAAAUAAUGUGCGACUCUAACAAAGGCCUUACUGUUCUUCUGUAAAUCCUCUUUUUACAUUUGUUUGUAAACUUGUUUAAAGAACGGACCUAGUCGUACAUUUUUAGAUUUUGAUGAGAUAGCCAUUUUGGAUUGUAUAAGUAGCAAAUGUAACUCUUCCUUUUUACUUGGCAUAUUAAAAAGCCAGCAAGAAAUGUGUUCAGUUCAUGGUGCGUUAUUUAUUAUGCAGCUGAUACAUAGCCUGAAACAGCACAGCAUGUCUUUCUACGUUUGGUUUCUGCUUUUAAUUUACUUGUACAAUUCAUUGUACCAUUCUGUUUUUCUAUUAAUCUUUUGUGAACUUCCUGAUUGUGUAACAAAGUAUGUACAGUCUACUUUUGAACUAUUUUUAUCACAGUAUUAUUUAUUGCUGUCUUUCAAUACAGUACUGAAGCAUUUUCCACUGCCAAUAAAGAAUACUGAAAACAA